AUGGCGGGGCGAAAGCGGCCGACGCCGAGGGAGCAGCCGUCGCCGGAAGAAGACGUGGCAUGGAUCGCGGGCUGCGCCAAGCAGCUGCGCGUGGACGUCGACGACGCGGUCUUGCAAGGCCGGCCGUCGUUCGUCAACGACGCGAUCGGUAUCCUGCGCAACCAAGCCAACCCGAUGCUCACCCGCGCCAUGGCAGCGCGUACGCUGGGGCUGCUCAUGGAGCGCGACGCGAGCCUCAAGCGGCAGCUCAAGCUGGACUCGGACGUCUUGGUCGACGCGCUCCUGCAGAUCGUCAACCACUGCCGCCAUGCCAAGAAGGCCUCGUCCAUGGACACGCGCAAGAUCCAUGUCAACUGCUGUCUCGUCAUCUCGAUGCUCAUGGAAGCCCCGUACCCGACGACGAGCACCGGGCUCGGUCACCUCGUUUCGCUGCACUCGGAGCUCCUCGUGCUUACCGCGCCCGUCAAGUUGCGGAAGCGCAAGAUCACAGCCGAUGUGCGACCGAGCAGCCCCGUGACUUCGAUGAAUCAGCAAGAAGACCGCAGAACGACGACGACGGCGGCCGCUGCUCGACGGCCCCGCACCGUCGUGUCGCGGUCCAAGCCGCCAAGCCGGCACACACCGAUGCGAUCUGUCUUGUUUGGCAACGAAGGCGACGUCAUGGGACUCGAUGCACGCGGCGACGACCUCCCCGUGUACGAGUACGACCAACGGUUUGCGGGCUAUGGCGUGCCCCACGUCUACUUUCCGUUCCAGCGUCCGCUCUCGAAUGCCGCCACGUCGUCGCGUGCUGCGACACCAAGCAUGCGUCCCCGCACGCUCCGCAAGCCAAGCCGCGCGGUCAAGGGGUCCAAGCUCACCACCGCGCUCGCCGUGACGCCCAACAUCAUCAUGCCCUCGUCGCUCUACGAAGGCUCGCUGCCGACGGAUCGCCGGCCGUUCCUGCUGCCACCCGACCACAUGCUCGAGAUGCUGGCGACGAACCACAUGCCAAUGAGUCUCCCGUUUAGCCGCGAGAGCGUUCGCCGGUCGGCCGAGAGUCGACUGCGACCGACGCCGUGGGGCGAUAUCCGCCCGGUCAUCCUCGACUCGAGCUUUGCACAGCACCCCGAGCUCCAGAGUUUGGUCUACGUCCCCGCGCCCAAGCGACGACUCGUGGUCCGCACCACGGAGGCGACCAACGACCAAGUCGACGAGUCGCUCGACAUUUCAAGCGCCGCGUACAAGCGACAGCGCCUUCUCGCGAUUCUCUCGUGUCCCAUCGACUCCACGUCGACGACCGCGGUCGAUGCGCUUGCAGUCGCCGAGCAUGCGACGCUCAUGCGCGGCUUUAGCACCGCGCUGCACACCUUGCGCGACCAAGAAGCAUCGCUGCGCGUGCAGAUGGACCGCCGCAUCCACUUGAUGCGCAACAAACUGCCGCUCAAGUUUCUCUUCGAGCUGCCGGGCGGCGUGGGCUACUGCCGCGACCGCCUUCAGCAUGCGAUGGCGCUAUGGCUCGAAGAGUUUGAGGUCAACCAGCAGCGUGUGGCGUGGGUGCAGUGGAAGGGCCUCGUUGAGCGCUCUCGGUACCACGACCGCAUGGGCGCCUUUGUGCGCCAAGCCGCGCUCAAGCGCAUGCGCCUCGCGAUGGCGCUCGUGGUCAAGGCCUUUCUGCACAAAGGGUACGUCAAGUGGGUCCAAACGACGCGGACCGACCUCUAUAUGGCCCGUGAUGUCGCUGCGCGUCGCAUCCAGCCAUGCGUUCGCCGGUACUUUGCUCUCCAGCGCGUCUACAAGCUCCACGACGCGUGUCCUGUCAACGGCGCUCUGCGCGACAUGUACCUCGCGCCCCCGCGCUUGCACCUGGCGUUUUGCCUUCCGCUGCGGAUUCGACUCGAGCGCCGGCAGCUCUGGGCCGCGGCCAUCGCGGUCCAGGCGCCGUACCGCGGUCGCCGCUUUCGCAAAUUCAUGCAGCGGCAGCGCCGCGCAGCGACCCGCAUCCAGGCGCUGGCUCGCAAGCGCAUCGCUGAGCAUGCGUACCACAAGGUGCGCCGUCACAUCAAGCGCAUGCAAGCCGCGAUCCGCCGGUACCUCUGCCGCAGCCGCUUUCUGCGUCUGCGCGUGGCCGCACUCCUUGUGCAGCGCAGUUGGCGCGGCCGCAUCGGGCGGAAAUUCGUCCGCACCGUCGUCCUCGUCGAGCGGCGGUUCGUCGAAGCGCGCUGGCAAGCCACGCUCCUGCUGCAACGCAUGGUCCGCGGGCUCUUCGGACGACGUGCGGCGCGGGCCAUCCGAACGUACUUGGCGCGACGCAUCUCGGCAGCGCUCUUGAUUCAAAAGGCGUGGUACCGGCGCAACAACGAGUACACGACGUUCUUCCUCCUCGGGUGUCUCCGGGAAAAGGACGCGGACGAGGCCAACGAGGCGGCGACGCUGCAUCGGCUGGCGCGGCACCAGCACGCGCGAACGCUCCAGCGCUACGUGAAAGCAUUUAUACAGCAUCGGCGUCAUGUGCUUGCCCUUCGCCUCCAGUGCGCCAUUCGAUGCUAUCAGGCGCGCUGUACACGCACUCAGUUGCAUUCCGAGCACGUGAUGCACCGCCGCCUCAAGUGGUGGUUCCGGGUCCACCAUGCUCGGCGGGUGCGCGCCGCGACGCGGCUGCAGUUCUGGUGGCGCAAAGCGGUGCCUGGCCGCAUGCUCCGGCACCUCCAAACCCGCAAGCAGCGCAUCCUGCGCGAGGAUGCCCGAGCGCUGCGCGAGGUUCGCGAUGCCGCCGCCACCAAGAUACAAGCGCUGGUGCACGGCGCGUGGACGCGGGCGUUCGUCCAGAAGACGCGCGCCGCGAUCGCGAUUCAGCGCAUUGCACGCGGGUGGCGUGCGCGGCGGGUGGUGGCGGCGCUCCACCGCGCCCGGCGAUAUCGCGUUGCGAGUGCCUUCAUGCGGCGCGUGCUGGUGCAGGCCAUCGAGCGUGUGACGCAGACGGUGAUGCGCACGCGCGGGCGACACGCGACGACACUGCAGCGGUGCUGGCGCGGCUGUCUCUGUCGACAAGCCCUCGUCGCCCGCUGGACGCGGGACGCGCUGCGCCAACGCAUGGCGACGCGCCUCCAGCGGAUUUGGCGCCAAAACGCGCAAAAGCGAUUUGCCGCGCGCUUGCUGACGAUCCAGCGACGCCGCGUGGCGAACCCGUACAAGGCGUUCACGGACCUCAUGGCGAUCGUCGCGCAUGCCGUCGAGUCGUCGCUGCGGCACUUUGACCCGUUUGACCCGAUGGUGGGCCUCGGGUUACCGGGAUGGCUGCGGCGACUGGGCCUCGAGAGCUUGUACGACGACCUCCUCAAGCUCGGGUGCAAGAGCGUUGCCAGUCUGCGCGCGCUCUCCGAGUCGCAGGUGACGACGCUGGUGCGUGACAAGGAAUGCAGGCAAACGCUGCUCUCUGCGUUGCAGUAUCGCACGUGGCUUGACGACGUGCGCGCCCAGCGCCGCCUUCUGGCCGAGCGCAGCGUCACCUUCCGCCGUCUCGACGCGCCGUAUACAACUGCGGUCGCGAGGGCGGCGCACCAAAAGGGCAUCGUCAUGUCAGCCACGGAGCGGCACAAAGCGGCAACGCUCGAGGCCCGUGACUUUAAACACCCGCCACGCGCGCUGCGACACCGACUCGAGACGACGGCCCAGCAGCUACGCGCCGCAACCGAGCUCCUCGGCACGUUGGAAUAUGAACGAGACCGACGGGCGCCGGGCGUCAUGGCGGCCAAAGAGGCGAUGGAGGCCGCCAAGAAGACGCUCAAGCGCAUGGAAGAGCGUGAGGUCAAGGCCAUCUUUGUGCAGCGCAGCUGCCUCUACAUCGACUCGCCUGAGCACAUCAAACGUCUCUUCUUGGACCACUUUCCCAACAACGAGUACCGCGCGCUCUCGUUCGUCGAGUCGCUGCGCGCCAAGCCCGUGACAACGUGCCAGCUCAUGACGUUUUUCGGAUUGCACGCAACGAUCUCGGACGUCAAGCUCCAUACACCCAACCUUCUCUACUCCAAGCUCGACGCCGAGAUCGCCAAGGCGGAGACCAAUCGGCUGCAAGCCUGCUGCGACGUGCUGCAGUUCGCGGUCGAACGCAUGGCCGAGCUUCUCGCUGUCUCGGUCAUCGACAUGGCUGACGCCCACGCGUCGUCAUCACUGCCGAUUGCGGCGGCCUUGCUCCAAGCGACGCAUGCGGCGCAUAUGACCAAGCUGCCCCACCGCCCAAUGGUGUGGCGCCAGUGCAUGACGCGCCUCCUUGCGAUGCAUACGAGCGCGAUGGCGGUCGCCAGCCGACUCGAGCACCUGCGCACGCACCUCCAAGCCUCGUACGACGCCGACCGAGUGCGCAAGAGUGUGCGCCGCGUCUGGGAAGACGACGUCAACGCCAUGCAAAAGGUCAUCGCCGAGCGAUCCGCAGCCGCCGCCCACGCCGCGCUCCUCGACGAACUCAGUCUCACGCUCCGGUUUGGCUACGAAGCCGACUGGCACGACCAGUUUCAAGUCUGGUACUACAUUCACACGCCAAGUGGCACCAUGGUCUGGGAGCGGCCAAGCUACGCCCUUGCACACCACGCGGCGUGCUUGAAGCUCCAGCGCGCGAGCCGGCGGUUCCUCGGGCGGUGUCGACGCCAGAGCUACCUCCGCACACAGCUCCGCGCCGCCAAGAAAGAGCGCGAGCGCGCGCUGUGGGACCCGCACUGGAUGGACCGACAGCGCUCUAUUACGCUGCGCAUCCAAGCAAGUGCGACACGCAGCCCGCUCACGCUGCAGUGGACGGCCGCGAUGGCACCAUCGCGGUCGACGCGCAAGGUCAUGCCAAGCAGCGGCGUGUCCAUCGCGCCCAUCGCCGAGGCCCAUUACAUCGUGUUUGCCUCGGCGUACCACCGCAGUGUCCUGCGGGAGGCCAAGGCGGCGUUGCUCUUGCCGUCGUACGCACGGCCGCCGAGCCAGCACGCGUCGGCGCUCGUGGCCAUGCUGCUCGCGUACGACAAGCUUCGAUCGGCGCUGGCGCCGGACCGCCAUACCGCGCUGACGCUCGCGUACACCAAGGUCGAGAUGCCGUUUGGAUGGCACACGGUCGACGAGCCCAACAGCCGGACGUACUACUACAAUGCAAUGUCUGCUGCGGUCUCGUGGGAUGCACCCGAGUACGUCUUUGAGCAAGAGUACGCGGCGCGUGCGAUCCAAGCCGCCUACCACAUGUUCCUCGGACGGAAGGCGUUCCGGAAGCUGCUCUACAGCUUUUCGUUUGCCGAGCACGUCCACGCGACGAUAGCGGCCGGCGCAACCAUCGCGCACGUUGGCUUCGACCUCGAGGGGAUGUCGCUGAGCGUCUACUUGCAUCGACUCGGGCUCGCCAAGUACGCGCCGUCGUUUGCCAAAGCCAAGCACUCGAUCGAGUCGUUCUAUUUAAUUCCAGACACCAAGCUGCUAUCGUUGUACAACGUGGCGUGGACCAAGGAAGACAGGGUGCUGCUCAAAGCGGCGCCGCGACCAAGGCCGCCAAUGUCGCUCCGAGUGUACCCGCUCACGCCUCGCAUGCUACCGAUCCCGGAGAAGCACGGCUUUCUCUGCAUUACGUCCGAGAAGGUGCUGCAGGCGACGCUCGCAGCGCACUUUACGGGCCAGCAAGGCCGCGUCCUGAGCCUCGUGCGCGCCGUGCGGGAGCUGCCCGUGCCGGUCUCGACCAAGCAGCUCGAAAUGUACAUUCGCCUCUACAGCGGCCGGCCGCAACAAGCCACGGACAACUUGAGUGCCGAGCUCGUGCCACCGCAGUCAACGACCGAGGAAAAGGAGGUCUCGCUGUACAAACUGUACCAGAGUGCGCUCAAGCGCUGCGCCGUGAUUGCUGCCAACAUGCAACUCAAGCACCUCGCACGCUGCCUCCUCUCUGCGAUCGCCAUCUCUCACUGCAUCCACGGCGUUGCCCACGACCCCAAGCUCGCCCUUACUGCCGUGCCACUCACGCCGUCCCAGCUCGCAACGGUGGUCGCGGUGCUACCCCAGACGCGCGGUCUCUGGGAGCCCAACAUUGCGGCAACCCGCAAGCUCUCGGUCGGGCAAGCGGCCUUGUACCUCCGCAUUGGCGGGCUUGAGUUUUGCCUGGCGUACAUUCGCGCCACGAUCCUCGUCCAGAGUACGUUUCGCAUGCUCCGACUGCACCGGUGGUACAAAGCACUUGUCGCGUACCGCCAUCGAUGCGCCAUUGUGCUGCAGCUUGCGUACCGCUGCAUGGUCGCCCGCAUCUCCCGAGCCUGGCUCGUCGCCGAGCAAGCGUCCGAGUACGAAGAGCACUACGUCGAAGCGAGUCAGCUCAGCUUUUACGUCUACACGCCGACGCAGGAGCGCCUGAGUCGGCCGCCCAUCGACGAGUAUGGCCGGGCGCUGCCAUUCCGGCCGCUGGUCCUGGAUCGCGUGUCCAAGAAGCGCAUUUUGAGUUGGCCAUGGCUCGCGUCGAGCAACCAAGCGCCGGAGGCUGUGAUGUCGUUCGAGAGCAACGUCGUCUGCUCUUUGUGCAAGAACGAACGCGCGAGCCGCGUCUGCGACGUGUGCUGCACGUCCAGCGGCGACUACGUCUACUACUGCUUUGCGUGCUUCUGCAUUGGGCACCCGCCAGCGCUGUCGUGGCACACGUACCAGCCGCUCAACCAUGUGCAUGCGGCGCCGCUGCGCUGCGUCGAGUGCACGCGCUACAGCAGCCAUCGGUGCCUCGACUGCAAGGAAGACUAUUGCGACAAGUGCUAUGUCCGCGUCCAUGCCAAGGGCUCCCGGUCCCGCCACGUCGUCGAGACGUACCCGACCCAAGCCUUGGUCUGUAUCGAGUGCGAAGAGCGCGUUGCGAUCAAGCGCUGUCUCGUGUGCCAGGACGCGCUCUGUAUGGACUGUGCCGACCGAACGCACGCGCGCGGCAACAAAGCGAGCCAUGCGAUGGAGCCGAUUGUGCAGCCGCUCCAUGAAGGCGCAGGGCACUGCGUCGCCUGUACUGCGCGCGCGACGGACGAGGUCUGUCGCCACUGCAGCAAGCACGUGUGCACGGUCUGCCGCCUUGCGUCCAAGCAUGUGGGCGCGUGCCUCGAGACGCAGCUCGCAGCAGCCAAAGCCGCGCUGUACGGCGACAACCUCUGCGCCGACUGCGGCAAGCCCGCGGACCGCAAGUGCAUGAGCUGCGGCGACAAGUACUGCAGCGCGCGCUGGAUGGGCAACCCGGGCUGCUUCGAGCGAUACCACGCCAAGGGCAAGCGCGUCGAGCAUGAAGUCGAACCACUGCCAUCGCUCGUGACGAUCGAAGCCACCGCGCCAAUCUUGGACCUCGAGCGCAAGAUCGCGGCGCUCCGGAAAGCCGCCGACGACGACGCAGCCGCUGACGCCCUCGCGCGCCAGCGCAUUUCGGAAGAGCAGCGUCUCGAGGCGAUGCGCCGCGACCAAGCGAUCAUGGCCGAGCACAAGCGGCAGCAGCAGCAAGAGUCUCAACCACACGUCAUCAACUCCGAGAAGGAGAAGCAGAAGAAGGCGAAAGAUGCGCCGUGUGGUGUGCCCGGUUGCGCCACACCCGUCUUCAAGUCGCAGCUCUACUGCGUCGAUCACUGUACCGUACAGCUACUGCUGGCGACAGGCAAAGACGCGGCAGAGGUCGCCAAGGUCAUGGCCGCCGCCCAAGCGCAGAUCGCACGCAACAAAGCCGAGCCGAACCAGUUCACCAACUUCCUCCACGACCUGCGCGAAGUCUCGAAACAACAGAGAGCCGCCGCCGCUUCCAGGGCGGACAAAAACUAAACACGUCCGAACAUCCCACACCUACCCCUACAAGCAUGUCAAGGAGAAGUGAACGCAAAC